CUAAAGCCAUAUAUGACAACAAGUUAUUAGAGUGUUACUUCACGAGAUCAUUCUACAAACACAUUCUUGGCAAAAUGGUGCGUGUGGUUGAUAUGGAGAGUGAGGAUUAUUCAUUUUAUCAGGGGCUCAUAUACUUGCUAGAGCACAAUGUUGCAGACCUAGGGUAUGAACUCACCUUUAGCACAGAGGUUCAAGAAUUUGGAGUUACUGAGGUAAGGGAUCUCAAACAAAAUGGCCGAAACAUAGCUGUUACAGAAGAAUCCAAGAUGGAGUACAUACGUCUUGUAUGCCAAAUGAAAAUGACAGGAGCCAUUAGGCAACAGUUGAAUGCUUUCUUGGAGGGCUUCUAUGACAUCAUUGCUAAGCGUCUUAUAUCUAUUUUUAAUGAACAAGAGUUGGAGCUACUUAUAUCUGGGCUUCCAACAAUAGACAUAGAUGAUCUACGAACUAAUACUGAAUAUCACAAAUACCAACCGAACUCCUUGCAGAUUCAGUGGUUCUGGCGUGCCUUGAGGUCAUUUGAUCAAGCUGAGCGUGCCAAAUUCCUGCAGUUUGUGACUGGUACAAGUAAAGUUCCACUACAAGGUUUUGUAGCACUAGAGGGCAUGAAUGGGACACAAAAGUUCCAGAUUCAUCGUGAUGACAGAUCAACUGAUAGGUUACCUUCAGCUCAUACCUGCUUCAACCAGUUGGACCUACCAGUGUAUGAAACCUACGAUAAGCUACGUCACUAUUUAUUAAAAGCCAUUCACGAGUGUUCUGAGGGUUUUGGUUUUGCAUAGAAAUUUUAAUUUUUUCCCCACAGCUCCAGCUGUGACAGAUACUAAAGUAAAAAGAAAAAUGUAGGAAAAAAAAAAGAAAAACGGAAAGCUAAAAAUAAACUUGCUAAAGCGUGUGCACAGUGGGAGCUCUGGUUCAUAUUUACAAGUGUAGUCGUAACAAACAAAAACACACACACACACAAUAGUGAGAGGCACAUGGAGAAUUGUGAUUAAUCUUACUGAUGUAAGGGCAUGUUCAUCUUAACAUGUAAUACUUUCGCCUAAGGUUCGGUGGUUGUGGUUGGCGUGUAAAGUGUGUUUGAGCAUUGAAUUAUUUUUUUCUAUUAUGAUUAUCAUCACUGUACAUUAUUAAAUAACCAACCAAAAGAAGGUUCGUGUUUGUUCAUCGCUCCCAAACUGAUAGUAGUAGGAGCUUAAUAUGAUGAUUGUUAUAAAAUAAGUCACCAAGCUGUAAUGCUUGACAUGUUUAUAGCAUAGCAAACUGUAUAUUGUAUUCAGAUAUACAUAUAGUUGAAAAUAUUUCUUAACUUUAAUUUUGUAUUUUGUCUCUUUUGGAUGGAUUUUCAGCAUAUAUUGUGUGCGCACAGAUAUUAAUGAAAGAAAUAUUUUGAGCAGCUUCAGAUAUUUUAUAAGCAAGCAUUGAACCUUCCAGCAAAUCCUGAAAAUGUGAUAGGUAUUACCAAGUUUUCUGCCCAAUUUAUUGUGCACCUUUACUUAAACUCGCCUUUCCUAUUUUAGUCUCCCGAUACCAAUAACUCUCCUUAACCUACACUUUAAGAGUAAAUAAUUGAUUCCAUAGCCAACAGUAGGUCAUACAUGGAACUUGGAUUACUGACCUGUUGACACCCAAUGCCCAGGUUGACUUUUUUUUUUUUCCUACUUGUAUAUCUCCACUAUCUCCACCUUUGGGCUAGAGGUGAGAACUGGAGAAGUAGGCCCACGUCAUUUUACUUCGUUAAUUCAAAGGAAAACCAACAAGAACUAAAAAAUUAUGAAUUCCUCGGAGUUGUAUGGACAACAGAAACCUGAGAAUUUAUGCUUUAAAUGAUGGAUCCUUUUCUUGACACAGUUUCACAUCAGUGUGUGUGUGUGUAUGUGUGUGUGUGUGUGUGUGUGUGUGUGUGUGUGUGUGUGUGUGUAAAAUCUUGUUAUAUUCAUACAGACAUGUGCUUGUGUAUGCAUGCAUAAAUAUACAUAUUCACAUGCAUAAACAUACACAUGUAUAUGUGUACACAUACAUACAUGUACAUGCAUACACAGUGCAUGUACACUGCACAUACACAUGUACACACACAUAUAUGUACACAUAUACACACAUAUGUACACAUACACACACACACAUAUGUACACACAUAUACACACAUACAUACACACACAUGUACACACACAAUGUACACACACAAUGUACACACACAAUGUACACACACACACACACAUAUGCACAUACACACACACACAUAUGCACAUACACAUGUACACACACACACUGUUCACAAUACACACACACAACUACUAGUAGUAUCACUGUGCUGUAUAUUCUGGCCUCACUACUGCUGUACAUAUAAUUAAAAAAUACACUUGUAUAUCUAAUGUGAUAAAUUUACCUUAAGGGCUGUCUAAUAUUGCUACAAAGUGUUGAACAUUAUUGUAGAGAUAAUAGAGUGACACGUGAAGAACUUUUGCAGGUAUUGUAUUGGCAGGUUUCCAUGAAACUUGGAAUGGGCUUCUGAAAUCUUAUCACCAUGAAUUAGUUUAUAGUAAUGCCUCUUUGUUUUAUUUUUCAACUUUUUCUUAUUUUUUGGCAGCCUUGCAUUAAAAGCAUGAGGAGCAUUGUCAGUAUUAUAAAACUGAAAAACAUAGCCAGCUCUUGUCAAAUUCUGCAUAAAAGGAAACUAGUAUUGAGAGUGCAUUGAGUGUAGCAACACGUUGGGUGUUGUGCUGUGUGAAGUGUUGAAGUUUUCAGGUGUUAGUGAAGUGUUUCUGGCCACAGCAUGAAAGGAAAAUAUGUAAAGUACAUUAUAUUAAAUGUUUACAAAUAGUUAGUGAUCCUUCUGUUCGUUAAGUAUUUUUCAUUUGUGAAUGAUCAUUUAUUAUAUAUGUUCUUAUGGGUUAAUAUUUUUUUAAUUUAAAAAGAUGUGUAGACAUUGAGUUACGAGUUUUUUAUUUUGUCACAGUUAGCCCAGAUGUUACAUAGUGUAUUUUAUCACAUAUGCAACAAUCGUUCUUCUACUUUACCAUGUUGGCAUUAAAAUACACAGUAUUAA